ACUUUAUUAUUCAUCUUGUUAGACAUGAAGAUUCUUGUAAUACUUUGUGUAGCCUAUGUUUUAAGGCUCUGUAGUUGUGAAAGUUUAGAUGACAUAAUUGCCAGAUUUGAUGGUGAAGUUGCAAAGACCCAAAAGCUUCUGGAAGAUGCUCAAUCGACUCUAAAGGGUGCUGAAAAUGCACUUGAAGAGUAUACCAAAGCUUGUACAGAAAUACAAAGUUCUAAAGGGAAGGAGGUAGAAGACGCUAGAAAGGCUUUUGAGACUGCACAAAAGACCUUAGGUAAAGUAUCCGGGUCUGAUGCUGUAUUACAAGCUCUAAAAAAAGCACUGGAAGAUCUUGAUAAAGGUGCAAAGUUCGAGCCACCCUCUGUGGAGAGUCAGGGGAAGGUUGUUAAAGAAGCUCUAGAAAAAGUGGCAGACAUUCAUGAUUUACUAAAUACGGUAAAACCCCUGGAAAAACUUGAUGAAGGUAAUCAUGAACAACAAUCAUCGGGGACUACUCCGGUAGAUGCCAAACCGAAAGUAGUUGAGCAUACCACAGUUUCUACAAGUGAUCCUGUAGAGAAAUCACCAACUGAAGAAAAUGUAAGUGAACAAGACACACCCAAAGAUACUGAAAAAACAAGUAACUCCGCGCCAGAAGAGUCCCGGGAAUCAGUAAGUAAUGAACCUAAUGAAACUCAAUCGGAGGAAGUGACACUUCAGAAACCUGUAGAAGAAUCUAAGACUCCUAUAGAGGAAGAUGUUACUACUACUGAUGAGGCUAAAUCUGAAGAUCUGAAACCUGAAAAGGAAUCUCAUAGCCUUGGUUCUCCUGAGCUCAGAGGAAGCAGAACAUCAAUCAGUUCCAGGAGACAAAACCGUAGAGAUUCUACAGCGAGCACAAUCUCUACAACUAGUACAGCAUCAACUCUUUCCUUGGAUCAAACUAGUGGAUCAGCAACUUUGAAGUUAACAAAACCUGACGACUCAAUCUAUCAGUCCUUCGAAUACUACCAUGAUGACAACCAUAUUAAACUGGUCCUUCCACAAGAGGAUGUGACAGUGACUAAAUUGUUAGAGUCCAGGUCUACAAUAUGGACAGGUAAAGCCGGAGAGACCCUUGAAUACGCUAAAGUCUAUCUUAAUAAGGACGGUAAGCCUGGCUUUGUUAGAGUUUGGAAGAGGGAUUCCUCAGGUGUAACAUGCAUGAACUAUACAACAGGUAGGGUCUACGGAUGGUCAGAAUUCAAGGAUGAUAUCAGCACAAAGAUAAACUCGCUUAAGGUUGCCACGGAACACAAGGGGGACUUUGUUAUAGACUUGCAGAAGGAUGAAGACACCAAAAAAUGCAGAAUCUUUAGUGUAAAUUUCCUCGGAGUUCCUACUCGUUCAUAUUCUCCAAAACCAGGUUAUUAUGCUACUGAGGUAAUGGACGGUGAUGAGUCUCUAUGGAAAGCCUCUGAAAGUACAAAUGAGAGAUGCUUAUCCUGUGACGUUUACACCAAGGAUGAACAAAGAAUCCUCUCUAUAACCAAGAAGAAAAAUGAUAAAACGGAUGAUGCAUUCUUUGAAUUUUCUGACGGAGAAUGGAAGAGCAUGACUGAAGAUGAGUUUCAUAGGAAGUUUCAAGCCAUGGUAGAUGGACCGUCUCAAGAAUCUACAGACUCUUUAGAUACCAGAAAGGUUGAGAAUGAGUCGUUACCAUCAGAUGAAGCGGAGGAUACUGAUUCGACAGUUACAUCAAACGAUCCUGUGAAUGUUGGAAAACUUGAGCAAGAUAAUACCCAACUUGAAGAUCAUACUGGGGAUGAGUCUGCACCAAGACGUACUGAACAAGGUGACCCUAAUCUACCGGAGACUCCUGUAGAAGAAGUACAGCCAGAAGUUGCUCCUCCUGCGGAAUCUCCUGAAGAUGUUCAACCUGAGAAGGGACCAGAAGAAGAAUCUGGAGAUGUAGGACCUUCCGAGUCUGAACCAGUUACCUCUCAAGAGGAGGAACCAGGAGAGUUUGAUCAGGCCUUCCCAGAAACUAAGGUAGAAGAGUCAAACUUGGUACCUGUCCUUACAGAAUUUCAAGAUGGUGAAGAUGCGAGUGAAAACAAGGUGGAAGGAGGUACUCCAGACGAUGAGGAAGAGUCCGGUGAAUCGCAACCUAAGGAAGUGGAUAAAGAGGAGCCUGACCAGCAGUCUGGUGAUAAUGCAGCUGGACCAGUUGCGGAUCCUCAAGAAUCUGGAGAUAUACAUUAUGAAAGUUCUCCAAGUACCGCUGCAGAACCAUCACCAACUGAAGAUACUGAACAGACUACCGUUUCUUCAAGUGACCCCGUAGAUCAGCAAACUACAGAGGUGAGUGAGCUUCAGGAGUCUGAGCCUUUACAGUCUACUGGAUCCCAUUUACAUCCUGAUGAGGAACCUGAGGUGACACCAUCUGAAACUUCUGCUACUGAGACACUGGACCUUUCACAUCAUGAUGACUCCCAGAUAGACUUGAAAAAAGGCAACGUGUCUGGGUUAGACUACAACAUAUACUCCCCAAAGAAGAAUGUUAAGAUUACAUCAGUUGUGGAUGCUGGUAAGGAGUUAUGGACUGUCUCCGAAAAGGACAAAUUUCUAUUCGCUAGUGUAUCAUCCAGAGAAGACUCUUCACUACUUUUAAUCGCUCCUAAAAUUUCUAAUGAUCUGUGCUUUGAGAAGACUGUUAAUGGUUGGACAUCCAUCAAGAAGGAAGAGUAUAAGAGUAAAUUAGAGGAUCUAAAGAGUGGAGUGAAUAAUCAACCUACUGGAGAGUCUAAAAAGCAUCUCCAGGGUACAUCUCCAAAAGAUACUCCUAAACCCGUUCAACCUGUCGAACAGCCAAAGGUGGUUCCACAGGAUUCAGCUCAUAAAGGAGUAGUUCAUGUUGAUCAACAGGAGAAUAAACCAGAGACAACUCCUGAAGGUAGGCAGGAACAAAAGCCAGCUACAAAUCUCCAGGGUGGUGUCUCAGCAAGAGCAAGAUGGGAAGCAACAGGAGCUCCUACUGGUCAGCCAAAAGAGCCCACUUCCAUAGCUGAUUUCAAAUCCAAGGUAGACUCUACCCUCUUUAAUCUAGAGGAGGCAGAGGAGGAUAAUGUUAAAGUUCUAAAUCUAAAGGCAAAACUUGAUACCAAAGUUACUAAACUUACUUAUGGAGAAGAUAAAGUUUGGGAAGAUAGAUGGAGUCCAUUUUCCUCUGCUAUCUUGUAUCUGGAUGGAGAAAAGCCUACUCUUGCCGUUAUAAAGACCAAGGACUCAGUGAUCUAUAGAUACCAUAAUGGUAAGAAGUGGAAGAAUGGCAGAGAAGGUACUCAUAAAACUAGACUCAAGAAGCUAAAGGAGAAGUAUGAACCUGUUGAUAAACCCGUAUGA